AUGAUCAUCAAUACUGGAAUGAUCUUGCUUCAAAACAACGCUGUGGUAAUUUUCUAUCCUCAUAUGUUAUAAUUUACCAUUUUUUUGAGUUCACUCAAUACAAAACUCCCACUUAAAAAACUUUCAAGACCAAAUAUUUGAUUCUGUUCGCCCGACAUCAGGACCAACACCAAAGGGGAGCUGCGAAUGGCAUAGCUAUGACUUUGAUGUCUCUCUUCAAAGCUGCAGCCCCAGCAGUAGGUGGUGCAUUGUGAGUGUCUUAACUAUUCUUUCGACUAUUGGUAUAUCUCUUCUAUAAUAUAAUACGACCAAAGUUCAAUAGAUGUGACCUUCAGUGCUUCUUUGCUAUCUUUCUAGGAAGUACUCUCUAGGUAGAAAUUUUUGAAUCAGAAGAAUAGUUUGAUCCAAACCCCUUCUUUCCUCUCAAAUGACAAAGGGAAAACAAGCAAUGUAUUCUAGGAAAGUAGGGAAAACAAUGGACAGGUGGGAAUUAAUUCAAGAGAAUUUCUCUCUCUCCUUUCCUCUCGUGUCACUUCUACCACAAUACCCCCUCUUAUUCAUAGGGGAGGGUAUUUAUAUUGUACAGCCCAUUCCUAUCCUAGUGUUUACUAUAGAAGCUUCUAGGCUGUUCUCUUAUCACAAACAUUCAAAUCUAUGUUCUCCUCAAGGUGGAAGUCAGGAAAUAUAUGUAUGAUCUUUGAAACUACUUUUCAUGUCGCUUAAAAUUUGGAAGAUGUACUCGUUUGAUAAAGAUCUUGGGUCCUGUUGUUGUAGGUCGAAUGUCUUAGCAGGACUCUAGUACAAGUCUCUAUUCGAGCUCUUGUGUUAAAUUUGAAGGAAAGGGUUGUACACGAUCUUGAAGUCCUAUCCCCCCCCCCCCUGUGUAGUUGUAAUGCAUGAAACACUAGGUGAAUAGAAUGAGUGGAUCGGAAUGUUCAAUCAAUAGGCUGAUUGGCCGACACAAUGGAGGGCCUUAUAGGGUCCAAAAUAUCGUGGUGCCAAUUUUUCAUUUGGUUCUUUGGCCAGAGAUUUCAUCUUGAAUGGUUAAAGACGAAGGUAGACAAAGUCCCCUUCCAUAAAUUGAACAUUUAAUCUCCUUUUAUCAGCCUUCUAUUUCAUAAUGGUUUGAUGAGAGUGAGCAUUUGAUCUUUAUCCUUUAAUUGUUGAUCUACUAUAGAAUGAGGUAAGGGCAGAAUAUCAUAUUUGAUGAUGGUGGGGGGAUCUCAUUCAUAAACCACAUUGAAUGGGGUUGUCUUGAGAGACGAAUGGAAAGUAAUGUUGUAGCAAUACUAAGCCCAAUGCAACCAUUUACUCCAUCAAUUGGGUUUAUUGGAUGCAAAACAUCUUAAGUAAGUUCUCAAGUACCUAUUUCAUGACCUUCUAUUGCCUAUUGAUUGAGGGUAGUAUGUGGUACUCAUUUUUAAUUCAACACCUUGUAGUUUGAAUAGUUCCUUCCAAAAAUUAUUGGUAACAUGCUUGUUGCAAUCUAAGAUAAUUGAUCUUGGAAUCCCAUGAAGUCGUACCACUUAGAAAAGAUGAGUGCAACUUUAAGAGUUGAAAAUAGAUGUUUAAGUGGAAUAAAGUGACUGUACUUGCUCAAUAUGUCUACAACAACCAAUAUGAAAUAAAACCCCUUUGAUCAAGAUAAUCCUUCCAAGAAAUCUAUAGUUAAGUCCUCUCAAAUGUGUGCAGGCACUGAAGGAGGCCUAUAAGAACAAGUGAAGAUGUAUUGUAUUUUUGACAUGUUGCCUCAAGAUAUAGUCAACUCUAACCCUCAUUUAUAGGGAGUAACAAAAUACAUAUUUUCUUGCAAAAACACCCUCAAUUAAGUAUACUAUUUCCCUAUGACCUAGAACUUCCAACAUUCCCUCUUAAGAUGAACUUUGAAAAAGAUCAUCUUAACUAAGUUGGUGAUGAAGAAAAUCCAUUGUGAUAGCAACUCUUCCUUUGAUGGUAGUCAAAGAUGAUUGCCACUGAAGUUGUGGAUUCACUUACACCUUUGGCUCAUCUGAUGCUUCUCAAGGACUGCUCACCAUGGAUAUGAUAGCACCAAACACCUUUGACUUGAUCAUGAUGCUCGUUAUGUCCCAAGGCUGCAGAGCCUGCCUGGGAGCCAUGAAGUAGUUGACAGAGUGGCAAGAUCUGCAUAGUGCCAAGAUCUGAUGCAAAGGCUCUCAACUAUGACGAUUGAUGUGAUGAUGGGGCUCAGCUCUCAGGAGAGGUGUAGGCCAGCACCCCUCCCACUGAUCAAGUAAUGAACUUGUGGAAGAACUGGAAGGUGAAGGCCAUUUCGACGAAGGCAGAGGGUGAGCAGACAGCACCAGACAACAUGAACUGUAGCAACAUGGACUGUGAAGAACUUUGGCUGUCAGACUAGCGAAGACAAAGAAUUGAUGCAGAACAAAGGGAGAUGGACUGAGGAGGAUGAGUACGACACUGGACUGAGAUAAGCGUAGAUUAGAGAGGCUGAUUUUACCUCUCUCAAGAACGCUGAUGAAGAUGGAAACAAUGGUAAUGAAUCUAGUCAUUUCAACCUCUAGACAGAAGGCUUGAUGGAGACAGAAAUGACACCAAUGAACUUGAAGAUGUUGUUGACGAACCGGCUGCUGAUGAACUCAGAUAUAUUAUCAGAUGACAGAUGGAUGAAGUGCUCUGAUACCAUUUUGAAAUGAAGAAAUAAAACCUCGCCUCAAAAUUCAUUCAACUCUGAGUAAUAAUAAAAGGAGUGAUAAUACAUAUUUGAAAAUACCCUCAACUAAUUACACUAUUUCCCUGUGAUCUAGAACUUCGAAUAAUAUUGUUCAUCCUAUUUUUGUCCCAGUGUUUACUAUAGAAGCUUCUAGAUUGUUCUCUUAUAAUGAACAUGUCUUUAGGGAUAUCAUAUCAUAGUUGAGAGGCACAAUAUGGAAAGAGGGCAUUGUUGACGUAGAAAUUAAUAAAUUUAGUUAGCUAUUUUAUUUCUUUGAUAACAGAGUAUGUCCCUCUCCCAUUCCUACUCAUUUAUGUAUUAACCUGGGGAUAAGUUUUAUUCUCUUCAUAUUAAAGAACGCAUUCUUUUUUGCCGUGCUGGUCGCAGUCCCAAAUAAGAUUACUUUAUUUGGGAGGACUCAUGAAUUUUCCUGGUUGAGUGAUUUAUGCUUUGCGCUGGUGAUGCUAUUCAGGAUAAAAACAUUGUGAUUUCAGAGUUAUUUAUCGAAAAAUUAAUAGGAAUGCUAAUUUGAUUACCCAAAAUCACAAAAAAAAGGAAUUACGCUGAUGGUUUGAUUCAGUCCUAAAUUUGCUUGUAUGCAGACUUUCUUGGGCCCAGAAACGUCAGACUGCUUCGUUUCUUCCAGGUAAUGGUCCAGAAAUUUCCUUCAAAUCAACAUAUAAAAUGUGCUUAUAUAUAUAUAUAUAUAUUCGACUUCACAAUUGAUGUUAUCUAACUAGAAGUCGGCUGAUUAUCUGAGCAUUCACUGUGUUCAUAGUUGAGCUGCUGGGUCCUUAUAGCUAUCUCGAAUCAUGGUAUCAACGCGAGCCUCAUCUUUCUGUCAUGCAGGUGAUCAGGUGGUCUUCUUUGCACUGAACGUAGUUGAGCUUCUUGGCAUUCUCUUGACUUUCAGAGCGUUCCUAACUCUAAGAAACCAGCCUCCUUCUACGUAG